GGCACGCGGUAUGAAUUACAGCAGAUGUCCGAGACACUGUAUUACUCAAUAUCGCAACCUGUUGGAUCACCUUCGACCGGCAGACUUCAUUUGGCGUCCAUACCUUAAUAUGGAUCAUGAGCAUCAGAUCAACCCUGAAGACGCAGCCGUAUGGACAACAUGCACACCGAUAAUACGGUUCACAACAGUGGAGAUGCACAACACCGAUCGUGUGAAGCUGCAGUUCGGUAUGGUCCAGAAUAUCUCAGAUCCCCCAGCUAGCCUAGGAGAAUGGCAUAUGCGUAAAGUGAACGACCAAUGGAACUACAACCCUUGGCAAACCUUCGCAAGAUCAGAGUGUCGCAAGUGGAAGCACCGUCAUGACCAUGUCUUAACUGACGCAGUCAUGCCAAAUGAGGUAAAACCAAGUCGUACUUAUAUGGCUUGGUAUAGAUCAGUUGGAUUUCAAUUCAUCGCCGAUGAUAUGUACCUCUACGACCCACGCCAGACAAGUUACACACAAGAAGGAUCAACAUCUAACCCCCAACAACAUUCUCAGCCCGGUUACUCACAACCACCUAUCCGACAAACUUUCCGUUCCACAAACACACAAACAUACAACCAAAACAUGCCAUUCACCCAACCCCAAAACCAAGAACAUCCCCCAUACCACCACCAACAAAUGGACCAUCAACCUUCGACCGAACAUCGCUUCGCACCCACACCAUCACCCUACCAAAGUCGCCUUAGCCAAAACACUAACCGCCCCAUCACCUACCGUAGCCAAGAACCCCAAACAUCACAAUACCAAAACAUCCCACAACCAUAUCUCUUCCAAACACCCCAACAACCUUUCCAACCUUUCCUAGACCCAUCAUUGUCACCCAUGUCUCCCUUCAACCGUCCCGGUCGCCCAUCCAUGAGUCAACCACACCCCAACUUCUCUGGCAUGGGUCAUGAGCUCAGCUACGCCGGUACACCAUCAUUGAAUACUGAAGACUAUGCUGAGUUGGCUGAAUACCUCAACGGAUCUUCUCCUGUAGGAGGUAAUGACGCUCCUGGACCAUCAGAUGAACAAACACCGGUGCAGAAUCGUCAACGUGGGUUAGGGCCAAGGGUUAGGGUAGCUAGGGGAUGUGGGACCGGAGGUCGGUUAGGUGAUCCCGGUCAUCACCAUUAGGAUUCUUUGUGUAAAAUCCAAAUUUUAUUAAUAUCAAUUCGUAUUAUGUCAAAUUUAUCUUUGUGUAAACUCCAAACAUUAGGUUUCUUUCAUAAUUCUAAA